AUGAAAAAUAUAAUCUCUUUCUCUCUCUCUUAACUACUUUCUUAUCUUCUAUAUAUCAUUAUUAGAACCAAAAGAGACAAAAAAAAAAUUAAACUACUUCACAAAAGCAAAUAUGAAUGGAAGAUUCAAUAACUUUUUUGUUUCUGAGCAAGAAGAUUCCGAGAAUUCACCGGAAAACAGCUCCGAUUCACCGCGUUCCGGUUUGUUCAAUGAUAACAAGAUGAUGACUUCAACUUCGUCCCCUAAAAGAAGCAGAAGAUCCAUAGAAAAAAGAGUGGUGUCAGUGCCAAUUAAAGAAGUUGAAGGAUCAAAAAUGAAAGGUGAAAUAAGUAUGCCACCAUCUGAUUCUUGGGCAUGGAGAAAAUAUGGACAAAAGCCCAUCAAAGGUUCCCCCUAUCCCAGGGGAUAUUAUAGAUGUAGUAGUUCAAAAGGAUGUCCAGCUAGAAAACAAGUUGAAAGGAGCCGUGAGGACCCAAACAUGUUGGUUGUGACAUAUUCUUGUGAACAUAACCAUCCUUGGCCGGCUUCUAGAAAUAAUCAACACAACCAUCGUACAUCAUGUAUUAUUAAUAAUAAUACCAAGACGAAGAUGAAAACAAUAGCAUCACUAACAACAACAACAAUAACACCAAUAUCAACGACAAAUUCUGAUAUCGCGAUUUCAGAAGAAAAGGUCACGAGUGAUUUCACCCGUCCAUCGGAGCCUAAUUCAGACGAAAAAUUUGUCAAUCUCGGUGAAUCAUCAUCGUCUCUAAUUAGUGCAAAUGAAUUCGGAUGGUUUUCGGAUUUAAUUGAGUGUACUUCAACAACUAUGCUAGAAAGUCCAAUUUUGACCGAAGUUAACUGUGAUAUUGACAUGUCAUCAACGUUGACAAUGCGAGAGGAAGACGUGUCACUUUUCGCUGAUCUCGGAGAGUUACCGGAAUGUUCAACGGUGUUUGGCCGUGGAAUGAUGGAGAGAGAUGAGGAACAUCGUCGACUUAGCUUGACACCUUGGUGUGGUACUACAGGCUAAGAUGGUUACGAUAUGUGUUAUUUGUCUUGACCAAAAAAAAAAAAAAAAAAUUAUAACUUUUUUUUUAAUUGAUUCAUUAGGAAAUUGCGCGUCGUGCGCCAUAAGAUACCAAAGCAAUUUGGUUUUGGCUUUUAAUAUUUGUAAGUUUUCUUAGAUUUGAGUGUAGGUUUUGUAGUAUAGUAAAAUAAAAAAAGUUGUCCAAUUGAGAGGAAUCUGUCUCAUUCUCAUUGUAAUUAGCAUCAUUGGCCGUUUCAUUUCUAACGGCUAAAUUUCAUCCGAUGCCUCUUUUUACUUUAAGUAAGAUGGAAGAGAU